GUGGGAACUGUAUUCGUAUGGGGACCUCAAUUUGCCCCGGGGAAUUCCUUUGACUCGCUAUAUAAACCACGGGAUACUUCUUGAUCUCUCACCAUGGCACCUGCGCCUCUUCUUCAAACUAGUGCCCCUGCACCCACCUCUUUCCCGCAAAAGGCCUCCAUGGAUGUGGCAGAGGACUAUGAUGGACAGUAUCGCUUUGCUCCCAUUCAGGAGUCCCAAGUCUCAAGGGCCAUGAUCAAGCGGUACUUUGAGACCAUGUACGACAGAGCGAUUUCCGACGUCGUUAUUGUCGGUGCUGGAAGUGCAGGUCUCACCUGUGCUUAUCAUCUAGCUUCCACUCGCCCCGACCUUAAAGUCACUAUUAUCGAAGCCAAUGUCGCGCCUGGAGGUGGAGCGUGGCUGGGUGGGCAGCUCAUGUCUCCCAUGAUAAUUCGCAAGCCGGCUGACGCAUUCCUCAGGGAGCUCGACGUUCCCUACGAGGAUGAAGGUCCUUUCGUAGUAGUAAAACACGCAGCGCUGUUCACCUCUACCCUGCUGUCUGCUGUCCUCAAGCUUCCUAACGUCGUUUUGAUGAACGCCACGGCCGUAGAGGACCUCAUUAUCCACGAAGACUUUGCAGGAAAACAACGCGUAGCCGGCGUGGUCACCAACUGGACUCUUGUAGCUCUGAACCAUGACACUCAAUCGUGCAUGGAUCCCAACACCAUUACUGCACCAGUCAUUGUAUCCGCUACCGGGCAUGACGGACCCAUGGGCGCAUUUUCCGCCAAGAGGCUCGUCAGCGCGGGUCUCUUGAAAGAGCUGGGAAACAUGCGAGGUUUGGAUAUGAACCGCGCCGAGCCAGCCAUUGUGAACAACACUCGCCAGGUAGCUCCGGGCCUUAUCAUGACUGGCAUGGAACUCUCGGAGCACGACGGAUCCAACCGAAUGGGUCCCACUUUUGGGGCUAUGAUUGGUAGUGGAAUCAAAGCGGCCAAGGAAGCUAUUCGUGCUUACGAUGCUGCGAAAAUCGUAGGUGGAAAAGUCGUUGGAUAAGCUGAAUGAAUGUAUAAAUGUAAAUUGUACUUGUACCAAGAGAAUUUUCUUGAAUACGUUCGAUCAUACACGCGAUCGUAAUCGAUGACGCGUCCAGCCCUUACCUAACUUGAUACAGUACUACCACCAUGGGUAUGGAAUUGCCUUCACCAGACAGCCCUAGGGAACAAGUCCGUGUCUUGAUGGACCGGAAAUCCAACAUCGAGGCGGAGCUGGAGGCUCAGCUAUCUAUUCUGAAAGCAAACUCA